GAGAGACAAAUAGAAAGAGAGAAAGAGAAAGAGCAAGGAAAAGGAAAAGAUAGUGAGGGGGAGACAUAAAAAGUGAGCGAGCGAACGUAAAACAAGACUUGGGAAAAGGGCAUGGAUCGCAUAUCCGAUGGGGACUCGAAGGAGCUGAUGCGUCAGAUGAAGCAACAAAUUGCGCUGGCCAAUGUCCAGGAGCUGCUAGCCACAGUCACCUGCAAAUGCUUUGAAAAGUGCGUAACCAAGCCUCGUGAACACUUAAGUGGAUCGGAGGAGAGCUGCAUCCAUAUGUGUAUGGAUCGAUUCCUAGACUCUUUUCGCCUCUGCGCGCACACAUACGGCCAACGAUUACGGCGCGAGCUCAGCCGUCAGCACGUCUAAAUGGACAUUGAACAACGAAGCAGCCGGGACCUGAAUUGAGCUCACCUGAACAAUUGCAGGUGUAGAUUGUUGGCUCCACUUUUAACAGUGAUAUCAAUAGCUUAGCCAAAAUAAACUCACAUAAAU